AUGUAUACCCCUAAAUAUGAUUUAUCACGUUUGGGUGUUGUAUCAGUUAUAUUCAAUCCUGUUCAAUAUCGUAGUCGAUAUGAACAAUAUUAUAAAUUUCGUAAUCACAUGGCACGUUCUGGUGUUAAUUUAUUCACUGUUGAAUGUGUCUUCGAUUCGGCAACACGAUUCGGUUUGCCACCACAGCGAUUCGAAGUGACACAAGCUGACAAUCCACGACAUAUUCAAGUUGUAGCUCCAUCCAUUAUGUGGAUGAAAGAGAACUUAAUCAAUAUUGCCGUUCAACAGUUACCACCGACGAUUGAUCGAAUUGCGUGGAUCGAUGCUGAUGUAGAAUUUGAGCAUCUCAAUUGGCCUCACUUGACAAUGAAGGCUCUUGAUCGAUAUCCCAUUGUACAAAUGUUCAAAAUUGGUUAUUUUACAGGACCCAGCGGUAAACAGGAAAUUCUGAGACGAGAUCAUUCCUUUGGAUAUUCCAUUCGUCACAAUAAGCCAAUAUAUCCGCAUCAUUCUCAGUGGUAUGCUCAUCCAGGUUAUGCCUGGGCGAUGCAUCGAGAUACUUUUAAUGCCAUCGGUGGUCUUAUUGAUUUUUGCAUCGUUGGUUCAGGUGAUCUUCAUUUGGCGUAUGCUCUUUUAGGUCGUGUUGAAGAGACAUUUCCUAGUGGGUUACACAAGGAUUAUCGGAUGCAAGUAUCGAACUGGGGUGAUGGAGUUGCUAGAGCAGCUGGUAAUGGUGCUUUUGUGGGUUAUGUCGAUGUGAAUCUGUAUCAUCGUUGGCAUGGUAGUCGAACUAAUCGGAAUUACAUUAAUCGAUGGUAA